CCACCAGCAGGCCCCCAACAACCUAUGGUGUCCCCCAACAAGAUAGUCAAUGCUGCCACGUUCUGCCGAUUUGGUCAGGAAUAUAUUCAUGAAAUCAUCACCAAGGCAACAGAAAUUUUUGGCAGCAGAGGCAGUUUUUGGAAAUGUUCUAAAUUUUUAUUUCAGCUAACAAAUUAUCAAGACAGAAAAACAAAGUUAGAAGAAGAACUUAAAACCUUGUGUGUCACUUUCAAAAAGUUACGAGCUAUUUAUGAUAAAGUUAGGGAGACUUUUGGUGGGGAGGUGGAGACUUUACCAGUAUCUGAAGUUUACCCUUAUGUUUUAGAAGAACAUAGAGAACUUGUAGAGACUUUCGCUCACCGUCCGAGAUUGGAACCUACAACUACUGUUAAUAUGGUUUUUUUUUUUAUUUUUCAGCAAGUUCGAGUGAAAAAUCAACAGCUGAAGGAAAUUAUUGAUCAGAUUCGCUCUAUUAACUGGGAAAUUAACACCAUGAUUACAAUGAGG